CGCGGUGCGCCUGAGUCGAGAUGGAGCCUUCCCGGGCUUGCCCGUUCGCCGAGGACAGCUUCACCCGCUUCUCCUCGCAGAGCAACGUUUACGGGCUGGCCGCGCUGCCCGGGGCGGCGCGGGGCGGCGGGCGCGGGCAGGAGGGCCCCUCGGGGGCGGCGCGGGGGCAAGAAGAGCUCGAGGGGGCGGCCGGGGGGCUGCUGGCCGCCACCUUGAAGGGGAAGGUGAUUUACUUCCGCUACCAAGACCUGCGCCAGAAACUGCGGCCCGUGGCCAGAGAGUUGCAGUUCACCUAUAUUCCAGUGGAUGCCGAGAUUGUUUCUAUUGACACAUUCAACAAGUCACCUCCCAAAAGAGGCCUGGUGGUGGGAAUCACUUUUAUUAAGGAUUCUGGAGACAAAGCCAGCCUGUUCCUUAACAUUUACUGCGACUAUGAGCCAGGCUCUGAAUAUAACCUGGAUUCAAUUGCACAGAGCUGCCUGAACCUGGAGUUGCAGUUUACCCCUUUCCAGCUUUAUCAUGCUGAAGUUCAGGUUGCUGGCCAGCCAGAGACAGUCUUCCUCCUGAGUGGUAACGACCCUGCUAUCCACCUGUACAAAGAGAAUGAGGCGCUGCACCAGUUUGAGGAGCAACCGGUGGAGAACCUCUUUCCUGAACUCAAGGAGCUGCCAAGCAAUGUGCUGUGGCUGGAUGUCUAUAACAUCCCAAGCUCGGGGCAACGCAUCACCGCUUUUGGCUGCCAGAGUGGCUACAUCCAAGUCGCCCACGUUGAACCGGCCCGCCGAGUGGUCCUGCGCAGCUGGAGCAUCCAGCAGGAUGGGCCCAUCUCCAAAGUCCUGGUGUUUGCCCUGCCGACCGCCAGCCCCGCCGGGGAGCCCUCCGGAAGCGCAGCCUUGAGCGGCAGCCUUGGCAGCCGUGCCCAGAGCUACAGCGUCCUCGUCACCAGCACCAUCGAGCUCUCCGUCGUCUACAGGAACGUGCUGCAGAAGGGCCUCGAGGACCAGCUGGUCCUACCCCAGAGUGACCAGUAUGACAGCGUGAUCUGCGCCCUUGUGACCGAUGUCAACUUCGACCGUGAGCCGGAGAUCCUGCUCGGCACGUACGGGCAGGAGCUCUUGUGCUACAAAUACCGGGCCUUGAACUCUCAAGCUGCAGGCGCUGCAGGACUCAGCCAGACCGAUGGGGAAUUUUGCCUGCUCUGGCAGCGCACGUUCCCCAGCCCCCUGCUUUCCCUGGAGUAUGUCGACCUGACCUGCGAUGGGCUGUGUGAACUGGCCGUGGUGUGCCUGAAGGGGCUGCAUAUUCUCCAGCACAGUCUGACUCAGGCAGCUCAAUGCCUCUUGGAGCGGCUCCGGCUGAAGGCGGCACACCAGAGGAGCCUCUCUGCGCAGCUGCGUGAGUCCAAGGCAGAGGACGCUGAUGGGAAGGGAUCCAGGGAAUGAUGAGUUUGGGUACCCAGAAGGGAUGACCCACGAAUUUGGCUGGGCCUCCUCGCUCGCUUGCUCGCUUUGCCCAGAAGAAGCAAGGGGUACAGUUCCAGGGGAUCCUUUUUCAGCCCUGCUGUGGCGUCGCCAAGGGACCAGUGUGGGAGUAAGAAGAGGGGCGCCCCCCAUGUCCUCAAGGGGCCGCCUUUGGGGGCGCUCUCGGUGUAAUGGCAGUCGCUCAGGAAGUGGCGGCUUCCCCCGGACACAGCAAACAAGAUUUGGCUGGGAUGCUGCUUGCAAACACUUGCCGUUUCCUUUCAUUAGCUCCCAAGGGGCUGCUCUGAACUUGGCCUGAACAAGGACUCUGUACAUGAAGAAUAAACUUUGCCUGAUGAGCACUUUCUGCUCUUUGUGUCUGCGUGAUGGAUAGAAGUCUGGGACACGAGGCAGACGACGGCUCCUGAAUGGUUUAAAAAGUCCCCGUUUGCUUUUCCAGCCGCAGGCAGCUUGAUCAGCGAUUGCAGCACGGUGCAAAAACAGAUUCCAUAAAACGAGCCUCCGUCAGGCAGCCAGAACCUUGUGUGAAGGGACUCCGGUUGAAGCUCUGUGCAAGUUCAGAGAGAGAGAAGACCUGCUGCUCCCAGAGCGGGGCCUUUCUUCUCUAAGCUCGCAUAGGAUCAGGGACUAAGACUCAUCCAGGUACUGAACAGAAGAGCAUUGAAGGGGCCUUGGCCUCACUUCCACCUGAAGCAGGUUUGCUCCGGCGAGUCUCCUCCCUGACCUCUCUCUGCGUCCCUUUAUCCUCUUGUCCACUCCUCUUCCCUACUCAGUUGAUGUGGCCAAGUAGAACCCAGAAGCAGGGGGGAGUCUAAGGACCGUAGGGAAGUCCAGUCCAGGGUUUUGCUUGGAAUUCUUUUGCUAGCCUUGCCUGGAGAUGUAGGGGAUGAGAGUGCCUUGGCACACAAGCCACGCAGGGGCUUUGUUGGGGAACUGCAGUCCUUCCAUCCGUGGGAAGCUGUCUUCUCCAGAGUGGGGUUCGUGGCCGUUGGGGGCCAGCAACUCUGGCCAGCCUUCACUGACCUACUGCAGAGCCAGAACUAACAGGAGAGGCUUCCGUUGCCUUGGCCCGUCCCCCCACCCUGCUGUCCCUGCGAAGACCGUUGACCCGGGUAGUCAGCUGGUGUUUGCAAAGGGGAAAGACCCCAGCGGUGCGCUCUGCCUCUCCCCAGAUCUGGGUCUUGUCGUCUUAGGCAGGCGCGUCCCUGCAUGCAGCAAAGGCUGGUGGCGUAUCUGUUCCGAGGCUGGAUUCCCGCUGGCGAAUGAGAACAGAUGGCCCAGAGAAGAGGGCACGGAUUAAACCCGAACUGUAACAGUUCGGAGGCGUUUGUGGCAUCUUCGCUCGGAAGGCGGUUCCUGUGGGCGUCUUCUGGCGAGCCUGACGAAGGGUGCAAAGGGGAUCUUGUUUCAUUUCUACCUGCAGAUCUGGGGUUGAGGAGGCCAACAGGUUCCUCUCUGGGAUUCUUCCCCCGGAGGGCAUCCUGGCCAGGGGGCAGGGUUUGGGCAGGGGAGGAUUGGUGCUUGGGGCCAGGGCCGGAGGAAGAGGCCGGAAAGUGCAGCAGCCCCGGGAAGCAGGGACUCCGGCGUCUCUCCUGUCGCUCUCAGCCAUACAAAGAGUUCACACUUUGAAUAAAAAGUCCAACUCUCAGCA